AUGUCUAAGAAAGAUAGUAAAUGGGUGAAACAAAUUAGGGGUUUAGCAUCCAAUUCUAGUGACAAUGAUUAUUUGAAGAUUGAUUAUAUUGAUGUUAACUUGAAUAAUUCUCGAAAAUUGAUUAUGAAUCUAAAUCAAUUGAAUGAGACUAAUAACCAACAAGUGUUAAAGAAUCAUGAGGUCAAUGAAAAGAUGAUCAAAUUACAGAAUGUACAUCAACAAAUGAGUUGGUUAGAUAAAUUAGAGAAGAAAUGA